AUGGAUGCCAUAACAUUCAGAUUUUUGAUGAGCUUAGCAGCGUCUCAAAAUCUUGAAAUGUAUCUCAUGGAUGUUGUGACAGCAUAUCUAUAUGGAUCUCUUGAAAAUGAGAUAUAUAUGAAAAUCCCAGAAGGAUUAAAAAUGCCUGAGGAUUUGAAAUCAAAGGCUAAGGAGAUCUGUUCGGUCAGAUUACAGCGAUCACUUUAUGGACUAAAACAGUCCGGACGCAUGUGGUAUAAUCGCUUAAGUGAAUAUUUGUUGAGUAAAGAUUACGUCAACAAUGCGAUAUGCCCUUGCGUAUUCAUUAAGAAAUCCUCUUCAGGAUUUGUGAUUAUUGCUGUAUAUGUAGAUGACCUGAACAUGAUUGGAACUCAAAAGGAAAUUGAUGAUGCAAGAACUCAUAUGAAAGAAGAGUUUGAAAUGAAAGAUCUUGGAAAGACAAAGUUUUGUCUUGGGCUCCAGAUAGAGCAUUUCCAAGAUGGUAUAUUUGUGCAUCAGUCAAAUUACACUAAAAGAGUGUUAAAACGCUUUUAUAUGGACAAAGCAACUCCUUUGAGUACUCCAAUGGUUAAUAGAUCUCUUGAUGUUGAAAAGGAUCCAUUCCGUCCUUGUGAGGAUAACGAGGAAGUGUUAGGUCCUGAAGUACCUUACAUGAGCGCUAUUGGUGGACUAAUGUAUCUUGCAAAUUGCACUAGACCAGAUAUAGCAUUCGCUACUAAUCUGCUUGCAAGAUAUAGUUCGUCCCCUACGCGCAGACAUUGGAAUGGAAUAAAACAUAUUUUUCGUUAUCUUCAAGGAUCAAUUGAUUUAGGAUUAUUUUAUCCUAAAAACUCAAAAUGUGUUUUAGUUGGUUUUGCUGAUGCAGGAUAUCUAUCAGAUCCACACAAAGCUAGAUCACAAACAGGUUAUGUUUUCACAAUUGGUGGAACCGCGGUCUCCUGGCGUUCGCAAAAGCAAACUUUGGUUGCAACGUCUUCAAAUUAUGCAGAAACUAUUGCUCUCCAUGAAGCAUGUAGAGAGUGUGUGUGGCUCCGGUCUAUGACUCAACAUAUACAAGAAUCAAGUGGAAUAGUCACAGAGAAAGAGCCAACAAAAAUAUUUGAAGACAAUUCUGCAUGUGUUACACAACUCAAAGAAGGUUAUAUCAAGAGUGACAGAACGAAGCAUAUUCCUCCAAGAUUUUUCUCAUACACUCAAGAACUCCAGAAAAAUCAAGAAGUGGACAUCGAGUAUAUUCGUUCAAGUGACAAUGCAGCCGAUCUUUUUACAAAGGCGCUUCCGACUACAGUGUUCAAGAAGCAUGUUCACAGCAUUGGAAUGCGUCGUCUACAAAACUUGUGA